AUGCAUUGUGGGAUUGUGGGCGAGGCCAGCCGCAUCUUAGUAACAGCUGAUAGAUGCUGUGGUUGCUAGUGUUUUACUAAUAUUCUUCUCCACCUUAGUGCUAGUAGAAUAUUGGAUACAGGCUUUUUGUAAAUAUCUGGUACCAUGCAAGCGGAAGACGCACGUUAUCUAAAAAGGAAGGUGAAAGGAGGGAACAUUGAUGUUCAUCCAACAGAGAAAGCCCUUGUGGUUCAUUAUGAAGUAGAAGCUACCAUUCUGGGUGAAAGGGGGGAUCCUAUGCUCGGAGACCGCAAGGAAUGUCAGAAAAUCAUUCGUCUGAAGAGCCUUAAUUCGAAUACUGACAUUGCGUCCUUGGCUCGUAAAGUCGUGGAUGAAUGCAAACUCAUACACCCGUCCAAAGUGGCAGAAGUAGAACAGCUGCUUUAUUAUUUGCAGAAUCGUAGGGACACCCAUUUGAGUAAAGAAAAGAAAGAGAAGAAAGUGAGUAAACCAAAGGACCCACCUCCCUUUGAAGGCAUGGAGAUUGAUGAAGUAGCCAACAUCAAUGAUGUGGAAGAAUAUAUCGAGCUGCUGUAUGAAGACAUUCCUGAGAAAGUGCGCGGCUCUGCCCUCAUUCUUCAACUAGCACGUAAUCCAGACAACUUGGAAGAGCUGCUACAAAAUGAGACUGCGCUAGGAGCUUUGGCCCGAGUACUGAGGGAAGAUUGGAAGCAAAGCGUUGAGCUUGCUACUAACAUCAUUUAUGUGUUCUUCUGUUUUUCAAGUUUUUCCCAGUUCCAUGGACUCAUCACCCACUACAAAAUCGGGGCACUGUGUAUGAAUGUCAUUGAUCAUGAGCUGAAGAGACAUGAGCUGUGGCAGGAAGAGCUACAGAAAAAGAAGAAAGCUGUUGCCCUGUACUUGUUGCUGAAUUUGGCUGAAGACCCAAGGACGGAGCUAAAGAUGAGGAACAAGAAUAUUGUGCACAUGCUGGUCAAGGCCCUGGACAGAGAAAACUUUGAGCUUCUUAUUUUGGUUGUUUCCUUCCUGAAGAAACUCAGCAUCUUUAUGGAAAAUAAAAACGACAUGGCAGAAAUGAAUAUUGUUGAGAAACUAGCUAAGCUCGUACCCUGUGAACAUGAAGAUCUGCUAAACAUUGUUCUUCGACUUCUGCUGAACCUCUCAUUUGACACUGGGCUACGAAACAAGAUGGUGCAAGUGGGACUUCUGCCGAAGCUCACAGCUCUCAUGAACAAUGAAAACCACAAACAGAUCGCAAUGUGUGUUCUUUACCACGUUAGUAUGGAUGACCGCUUCAAGUCGAUGUUUGCUUAUACAGACUGCAUUCCCCAGUUAAUGAAGAUGCUGUCUGAAUGUGUAGAAGAGCACAUUGACCUGCAGUUGAUCUCCUUCUGCAUCAAUCUUGCUGCCAACAAGAGAAAUGCUCAGCUGAUCUGUGAAGGAAAUGGUCUACGAAUGUUGAUGAAAAGAGCACUGAAGUUUAGAGAUCCUCUGCUGAUGAAAAUGAUCAGGAACAUCUCCCAGCAUGAUGGCCCAACCAAGACCUUGUUCAUUGAUUAUGUUGGAGAUUUAGCAGCACAGAUCACAAAUGAGGAUGAUGAAGAAUUUUCCAUUGAAUGUCUUGGUACACUGGCCAACUUAACCGUUCCAGAUUUGGACUGGGAAUUGGUGUUAAAGGAAUACAAACUGGUACCCUAUCUUAAAGAUAAACUCAAGCCAGGUACAGCUGAAGACGACCUGGUGCUGGAGGUAGUGAUUAUGAUUGGAACUGUAUCCAUGGAUGAUUCAUGUGCCGUUAUGCUUGCCAGAUCUGGGAUUAUCCCUGCACUCAUUGAAUUACUAAAUGCUCAGCAGGAAGAUGAUGAAUUUGUGUGCCAGAUUGUGUAUGUCUUUUAUCAAAUGGUUUUCCACCAGGCUACCAGGGAUGUCAUCAUCAAAGAAACACAGGCUCCAGCCUAUCUGAUAGACUUGAUGCAUGACAAGAAUGCUGAGAUCCGUAAGGUGUGCGACAAUACAUUGGAUAUUAUUGCGGAGUACGAUGAAGAAUGGGCCAAGAAGAUUCAGAGUGAGAAGUUCCGCUGGCACAACUCCCAGUGGCUGGAAAUGGUAGAAAGUCGACAGAUGGAUGAAAGUGAACAGUACUUGUAUGGUGAUGAUCCCAUUGAGCCCUAUAUUCAUGAGGGAGACAUUCUGGAGAGGCCUGACCUCUACUAUAAUGCAGAUGGGUUGCUGAGCUCAAAUGGAGCAGUAAGUCCAGAUUUCUUCAGUGAUUAUCAUCUGCAGAAUGGCAGGUUGUUUCCUGAGUAUGAUAUGUACUACGAGGGACAUCCCGCUUUCCUGCUCGAUGGGGAGGAAGUUGAUGAAUUUGGUAGACCAGUGGAACCAUUCAGCAUUGGAGUUGAUGGAUUCGGGCAGCCUGUUGGCAUCCCAGGACGUCCCACCACAGCAUAUGGAUACCGUCCAGAUGAAGCCUUAUUUUAUGGCUACAGCAGCAGAUAAUCACAAAGUCGGCCAGUAUAAACCUUCCGUGAAGAGCCUUCAAAUAACUGCAUUUUGAUUGUGUUGCAUGGAUAGUAUUUUAGCAUCCAUUCAUCUGUGAAGCAGAGCUAGCUUAUCUGUGUUAUGUAAAAGAAUCCCAGAGAUUUUAUAAUAAAGCUGUGCCCCCCUAUUGUGCUACGUUACCUCCUAGGUAGGUUUCACUUGUUUAUAUCCAGAUAGAAUGCAUGCAUUUUGUGCCAUUCUUAAAUAUAGCAAAAUAAUCAGCGCCUUUUUGACUGUGUAGGAACUGCCUCACACAGUGACAAACACAGGGAGCACAUGUAGGUAUACUGUGUCCCGCUAUAUGAGACAGGCUGUGGUGGUCUUAGAGAAUAGGCGACCCAUCACUACCCUGAUUAGAGAAAGAAUGUUCUUUAUUAGGGUGUUAAUGUACUGGCAAUGCCCACUGAAAAACAAGUCCUCCACAUUUUUCAUGCAUACAAUAAAAAAGUAAAUAAAAGAAAAGAAGCGUGUGUGAAACAGAGAAAGAAAGCAUAUUUGAGAGAGUGCUGACUGCAACAGGCAUUCUUUCAGCACAGAUCUGUUAAACUCUAAGAGGAAUGAAACUCUUACAUCUGGCAUUAUUUCUUGACUUUAAACUUCAGUAAUUUUUCCAGAAAGUUAAUAGUUCUAGGAGGCAUAGUGUACCACUGUAUGGCAAAAUCAGUAACAGUAAAAAGGCAUGGGGAGUUGUAUUUCCUUGCAUUCUGUAAUGUUUUUCUUUCAUUGCUCAGAGCGAGACAACUGAGGUGUAUUCAUUCAGCAAAGAAUUAUUGCUGGUUGUGUGGGUGAGAAUCUCUGUCUGUCUUUUCCUGCAUCUGAAUGUGUAUAUGUGUGCGCGGACACAUUAAAUAUUUACCUAACUUAUGUUUUUGAUGUAAAAUACUUCCUCCAACAAUUACAUGUUAUGGCAAGUUUGAAACAUUAGGCAUAAGAAAUAGUUUACAUCAAAAAUAGUUAAACAAGUAUAUAGUAAUAAAAAACAAAUACAGAACUAUCUUAACAGCUAGCCCAUUCUCAUAUCUGACAGGGUGUAUGUUGGUGAACGAAUGCCCUUCUCUGGGUAUACAGGCCCUCUUCCGCUCACAACACCCCUGGAUUGGUGUUAUUGUCCAAUAACACAUACCCUGUCAGGUAUUGUAUCUUUGCUUUCAAGCUGAUGUGUGUGUGGUUUUUGUUAUUAGAUAUGAGACAUGAUCAUAUAACAGACUUUUGUUAGAUGAUCAAUGUCCUUUACUGUUUACAUCUCAUUUUAAUUACUUUUCAUUUUGUAAAUGUUACAUGACAACUCAUCAAACAGAACUGACAUCAGACCACAGCUAAAAGAAAAAAAAAUGCAGAAACAGCAAAUUAUUGAUUUUAAAGAAAUUUGAAAAUUAAGUUUUGCGGGGUACAGUCCCUGCUUUGUUGCAAGGCUACACCCAAUAUUCCUUUGAUUCUGAAUUUGAAGUUAUCACACCAAAUGGUAAGGAGGGUACUUUUUUGUCACUUAUGUUGAAAGACCUUACAUUUGGGAUACUUAAUGUGUAAAGAAACAGGCCUGUGUAUUAAACAUUCAGUAUCAGGCUAAGAGUGGCAGAAGUGAUAAUGCUGUUGUCUCACAGCAAGAGGUUCCUUGGUUUGAUUCCUACAGCAAGAGGUUCCUUGGUUUGAUUCCUGGCCGGGGUGCCUUCUGUGCAGAGUCCGUACAUCCUUCCUGUGUUUGUGUGGGUUUCCUCUGGGUGCUCUGGUUUUCUCCCACAUUCCAAAGAUAUGUAGUAGUUGGAGUGGACAUACAAAAUUGUCCAUAGGUGUCAGUGUGUGUGAUUUUGUGGUACUGAAGAAUAACUGUGGCCCACAGUCAGUGUAAACUUUGGCUCUAGAUGAUUGUCACUGUUGAGGUGACAUCCUGAUCCCAUGUGUAAAAAUAGGUAAAGGGUUGUAGAAGGAUGGCUGGAUGAGGAUACUAAUGAAAUGCCAGGCUCCAAAUGUAACACUCUUGCUUUGUUCACUUCAUUACAUAAUUGGAUACUAGGUAGAGUUUCUACACAGUAAAAGUACGCUGAACAUUUGCUUACUUAAAUACAUCUGUGAGUGGCAUAAAAUAGACUAAAUGCAUGCAUUCUAUAUGGAUAUACAAAAAUUUGGUCUUAGGAAGUAAGGUAUCACAAAAUAUCAUACAUAAUUUUACAGUAAAAAUAAAACCGUAAUUCUUUAAUGGUCUCAAAAUAAACUCGUCAUUUUCGGAAAGCUGAAAGUACUACUGCUGCUUUAUUCAGUUUGAACAAGGGCGUUGACCUGAAUGGCAAACAGCCUGUGUAAAUCUACUGACCAGAAAACUUUUGAACUGUGCACUGUAGACUAAUAGACAGCUGGUUAAUAUUUAUUGUGGGAAAGUGUAUAAUUUGUUGCUAAAUCUGGAUGUUUGAUUUUUUUAUCAUGGCAUUUAUGCUGAUUUUUUAACUGCAAGUUUUUAUGUUGAUUUACUGUAUUCCAUUCAAAGGGUGUGGUUUGAUUAGGAAAGAAUCCCCUCUGUCUUUUCUCCUUUUUAAAUUUUUUGCACAGUUUUAUAUGUAUAUUUAUAUUAUGUAUAUUGUCAACAUUCAUGUUUUGAAUUGUAUGCCAAGAGACUGUGAUGAGAUUGUAACUUGGAUAGCUCAGCUUAUGUGCAAACCUUGGUAUGUUCACUAAUUUGAUUUCUACAGAGAAGACAACAUUUUUUCUCAUCACUAUGUUUUUUGGGAAUUGUGAAAAUGUUUUUGCUUGUGUGUGUAAAGAAUUGCCAUAUUGUGCUUCAACUGAAAAACAUAGAUUGCCUUUUGUUACAUUUUGUCCAUUUUUAACAUAUUUUCAACAUUUUGGGUACAUCUAAACAAUCAUAGUUUGAAAUGUCCUUGUCACACUUCUUUUGCUGAUGUUCAUGUGUAUAUAGGUUCUGCUGUGAGAGGAUUCUGCAGUAAACAACAUCAAAACAUCAAAA